CGGACGGGGGUGGGAACUACAUUUUAAGCAUGCUCUGUAGAUUUAAUAACUGGCCAAUGUCUUGACUGUUCACUCUAUGCCCAGAUAAUAGCCUGGAGAGGUUACUACUCACCUUAAGGAACUGUCUGACUCUUUUUGAUAGGCUUUCUGAACCACUGCUGCGUCAUUUUGUCGUAUUUUUGGAUACCGUUGUACCUGUGUCAUUACCUGAGCCAGUGGGAUUUGUGCGGUAAAACUGGGCCUUUGUCAAAGAAACAUGAUACGUGCGUUGGUGUAUGUUGGUGUGCUAAUAGCCAUAAUGGCUGCGACGGAAGGAAGACCUAAAUCAGCUGAACCAAAGUGUAAAUCUGGCCCAGUCGACCUUGUGUUUAUCAUCGACGGCUCGCGCAGCGUUCGUCCCCAUGAGUUUGAGACAAUGCGCAAGUUCAUGAUAGACAUCAUCCAUGAGCUGGACAUUGGCCUGGAAGCUACAAGAGUUGGUGUGGUCCAGUACUCCAGUCAAGUCCAGAACGUGUUCUCCCUCAAAGCCUUCAGCAAGCCUGAACAGAUGGUCAAAGCCAUCAACGAGAUCAUUCCAUUGGCACAGGGAACCAUGACAGGCCUGGCCAUCCGCUAUGCCAUGAACGUAGCCUUCUCUGCUGAAGAAGGUGCCCGUCCCAAUGUCCCCCACGUAGCGGUUAUUGUGACGGACGGCCGUCCUCAGGACCGUGUGGCUGAAGUGGCAGCUGCUGCGAGGGAGUCUGGGAUUGAGAUCUACGCCGUUGGUGUGGCCAGGGCUGAUAUGACCUCACUGCGAGCUAUGGCAUCUCCACCGUUUGAGGAUCACGUGUUCCUGGUGGAGAGGUUUGACCUCAUUCACCAGUUUGGUCUUCAGUUCCAAGACAAGCUUUGUGGGAUGGACUUGUGUCUGGAGUCAGAUCACGGCUGUCAGCACAUCUGUGAGAGCUCGCCUGGCUCCUACCACUGUCUGUGUCUGCCCGGAUACACACUCAACGAGGACGGCAAGACCUGCACACCCAUUGAUCUAUGUGCUGAAGGGAAGCAUGAUUGUGACCAGAUCUGUAUUGCUUCACCCGGGUCAUUCACAUGUGACUGUAACACAAGAUACACGCUCAACGAUGACAAGAGAACCUGCACAAUGAUCGAUUACUGCUCCUUUGGGAAUGAUAGCUGCGAGCAUCAGUGUGUGAGUGUGCUCAGUGGCUUUAAAUGUCACUGCAACGAAGGAUACUCGCUCAACGAUGACCUGAAAACCUGCACAAUGAUCGACUACUGUUCAUUUGGGAAUGAUAGCUGUGAGCACGAGUGUGUGAGUGUGCUUCAGAGCUUUUAUUGCCGCUGCCAUGAAGGAUACACACUCAAUGAAGAUGAAACAACGUGCACAAUGAUCGACUACUGCUCAUUUGGGAAUGAUAGCUGCGAGCACGAGUGUGUGAGUGUGCUCAAUGGCUUUAACUGCCGUUGUAAAGAUGGAUACUCACUCAAUGCUGACAUGAAGACCUGCACAAUGAUUGACUACUGCUCAUUUGGGAAUGAUGGCUGUGAGCACGAGUGUGUGAGUGUCCUGAAAGGCUUUCACUGCGCUUGUAAUGAUGGAUACUCACUCAACGAUGACAAGAAGACCUGUACAAUGAUUGAUUACUGCGCAUUUGGGAACGAUAGCUGCGAGCACCAGUGUGUGAGUGUCCUGAAAGGCUUUCAUUGCUUUUGUAACGAUGGAUACUCACUCAACGAUGACAAGAAGACCUGUACAAUGAUCGACUACUGUUCAUUUGGGAACGAUAGCUGCGAGCACGAGUGUGUGAGUGUCCUGAAAGGCUUUCACUGCCGUUGUAAAGAUGGAUACACUAUCAAUGAUGACAAGAAGACCUGCACAAUGAUCGAUUACUGUUCAUUUGGGAAUCACAGUUGUGAUCAUCACUGUGUUAGUGUGCUCAAUGGCUUCUACUGUCGCUGCAACGAGGGAUACACUCUUCAGGAGAAUGGAAAGACCUGCCAGUCGGAUAACUUGUGCAACACAGUGGAACAUGGUUGUGAAUACCAGUGUGUGAGCACUCCAGGAUCAUACCACUGCAUAUGUCCUGAGGGCCAUGUGCUACAGGACGACGGCAAGAGCUGCGGAACCUGUCGAUCCUCCAACAUUGACCUGGUCCUCCUCAUCGAUGGUUCCAAGAGCGUGCGGCCGCAGAAUUUCGAGCUUGUCAAGCAGUUUGUUAACCAGGUGGUGGAUCAGCUGGACGUCUCCCCUAAAGGAACACGCGUGGGUCUCGUCCAGUACUCAAGCAGAGUGCGGACAGAGUUUCCGCUCAGCAUGUAUCAGACAAAGGAAGAGAUCAAAAAGGCUGUGAUGAAUGUGGAAUACAUGGAGAAGGGGACCAUGACAGGCUUGGCUCUCAAACACAUGGUGGAGAACAGCUUCUCCGAGGCUGAUGGAGCCCGUCCUGCUGAGAAGAACAUCCCACGGGUCGGCCUGGUCUUCACUGAUGGGCGAUCACAGGAUGAUAUUCAGGAGUGGGCCAAGAAGGCCAAGGAAGCCGGUAUCACCAUGUAUGCUGUUGGUGUGGGUAAAGCUGUGGAGGAUGAGUUGAGAGAGAUUGCCUCUGAGCCCAUGGAAAAACACUUCUUCUACACCGCCGACUUCACUGCCAUCAGCCAGAUCGCUGAGAACCUCAAACUCAAUGUCUGUGCAGCUGAGAGUCAAGGAGAGAUUGAGGUUAAGGACCCCUGUGCUUGUGAAAGCCUUGUGGAGUUCCAGCAGGUCACGAUGUCCACCCUAGACCAGCUCAACCAGAAACUGUCAGCUAUGACAAAGCGAUUGGAAGUUCUAGAGAGCCAGUUGCUCACCAGAAAAUGAGAGAACGCUUAACACAACAGUGCAGAUGAGGACGGGGACCACUGGGUGUGAAGGGCCCCACAGUCACAAGAUCUACAGGUGUAGACGCCUGAGGCAUGAGGUCCACUAUUUACGGUGUCACUUUUGAACGUGGCUGAUAUUGUUUCCUAUUUAUACAUGAUCUGUAUUGUAUGAUUUAAAGAUAGGUAUGUAUUUAUGGCAAAUGUGGUAUUAGCAUUUAUACACUAAAAAGGGAAAUGAAGUGUUUGGUACCACUCUGAAAUAUUGUCUUCUUUAUUAUUAUUUGCAUCAUAUUUGGCACCAAAUUUAUGCACAGUGUGUGACCAUGGAUCUGUAAAACCUUUAUGCACAAAUGUAUUACAAAAACAAACAAAAAAGUUACAAAUUGUUCUGUUGUACAGUUUUAGAAUACAGUUUAGUUUACAGAGAAAAUAUUGAUUCCAAAAGAAACAAACACUCCACUCUGUCAUAUUACCAAAGCUGUUGCCUGUCAAUGUUGUGCAUGAAUAUUUGAAAUAGUCAGAGGAGCAUGUCUGAUAUUUGUUAAAUGUUUAACUGGACUGCAAAAAGAUUUUGGACUCAAGAAUGACCUAAACGGUUUGUUAACAUAAAAUGAGAUUUGAAAAAUUGUGUAAACAGGGUAAUGUGUAAAAGAGCCCCUUAAGAUUGCAGUUUUCUAUGUUUUUAUUGAAUACAGAAUCCAGUUAUGAUACCUCAGAGUACUCUGGCCUCAGGUUCUUAAGUUUUCUAGAUGUUUGAAAAAAAAGCCCCCAUUAUAAGGCUCUUAUAUGUGAAUUCUUGUACUUUUUGGCUAUUUCCUAAUAACACUCUUUUUUUUAAAAUGG